UCGCCUUUCUUCGGUAUCAAGGAAUUGCGGGAAUCCUCGUGGACCAUGGCCACCGCCACGAAGAAGGGACACGCGGGCAACGUGACGUUACGACGGCUCCUCAUUGUCGCCCUCUCAUUGAUGCUGAGCGACCUCCUGACCGCCGUCCAAGCAGCGCGCGGAUUUAGGCACAACCUGAAGCAAGCUGCGAGAAGUUCGUACAGUCUGAAUAAGAGCUUGAAAAAUAGCGGUCUCUUUCCGUCCACAUUUAAUGUCGCCACGAAAGCGGAUAUUUACGUAAACGCGACGUGCGGCGAGGAGGGCCCGGAGACUUUUUGCAAGCCCUCGGAGUCAUCGAGAUGCGCCGUCUGCGACGCCAGGAGUCCGGAUCCUGGCAAGAGGCACAACAUCACCAACGUCCUCAACUCGAGUCCGGGUAAAUGGUGGCAGAGCCCUACGUUAGCCAGAGGCGAUCACUACGAAUACGUCACAAUUCUCCUGGAUCUCAAGCAGGUCUAUCAAAUAGAGUACGUGAUAGUGAAGGCCGCGAACUCGCCGAGACCCGCGGCCUGGAUCCUCGAGAGAUCUCUGGACGGCGAGAACUUCCAGCCGUGGCAGUAUUACGCGCCGAGCGAUGGGGAAUGCUGGACGAGAUAUUCGGCAUCGCCUGCCGCGGGCAAACCCGUUUACAUCGCCGACGACGAGGUCAUAUGCACCAGCCAGCACUCGAGACAAACCCCCAUGGAGAACGGCGAGGUCCACACUCACUUGGUGAACGGUCGACCCGGGGCUCUGAACCACAGCGCGACUCUGCAGAAAUUCACCCAGGCCAGAUUUGUGCGGCUCCGUCUUCAGGGUCUCCGACGUAACGGCGAGCCUUUCGCCGACAAGAGACGUGCCUUCUAUUCAAUAAAGGAAAUCAAUAUCGGAGGACGUUGCCUGUGCUCCGGACAUGCAGCCCGAUGUCGGUACAGCGUUCAACACGGGCAUCAGGAAUGCGAAUGCGAGCGCCACACGUGCGGCGAAAGAUGCGAAAAAUGCUGCCCGAUGUACAAUCAGAUCCCGUGGAAGCCCGGCACAGCUGGCAAGGGCUUUCACUGCGAGAAGUGCAACUGCAACGGCCAUGCAACGUCCUGCAUAUACAACCAGGAAGUGGCCGAGAGGAGAAUGUCCAUGGAUAUCCGUGGGAAAUACCGAGGCGGCGGCGUGUGCGUCAAUUGCUCGGAACACACGGCCGGUAUUAACUGCGAAAAAUGUGAGGUCGGCUACUACAGGCCAAACGGCGUUGCACCUGAUGCGUCAGAACCUUGCCUGCCCUGCGACUGCAACAUACGUGGCAGUACAGGCUCCUGUACUCCCGACGAUUCCUACACGCGUAUCGGAAAGGUAGCAGGUGCCUGCGAGUGCAAGCUGGGAUAUUCGGGAUACAAGUGUGAUCAAUGCGCCGCCGGUUAUCGGCAGUUUCCCGACUGCAUGCCGUGCCCCUGCGAUUCCCGUGGGAUUCUGCCGUCCCACGAUUGCGAGGGCGACUGUUUGUGCAAAGCGAACGUCGCCGGGGAUUUCUGCGAUCGGUGCAAACUUGGAUACUUUGCGCUCACGAAGGAUAAUCUCGACGGGUGCAUACCCUGCUACUGCUUUGACGUAGCAAAUCGCUGCACCACCGCGAGAUUACAAUACAACAUGAUUUCCACACUGGAGAACUGGUUGGUGACCGACAUGAACGCGUCUCGGGCAGUCGUACCCAUUUUGGACACGGACAACGAAUGGCUGACCGUGGCGGCGUUUGACGUCGAGUAUGACAGCCCUUUCUGGCUGGCGCCACAGAUUUAUACGGGGAAUCGCGUGUCCUCGUACGGCAGCAAUCUCACGUACUCCGUCUCGUGGGUUGUCAUGCGAGGCGACACCAGUGGUAAACCGACUACGGAGCCCAACGUUAUCCUAGUUGGUAACAAUGGGAUGCGCAUAGCGUACGGCGAGGAGCAGUACAAUGGUCAAGUGGCUGAGAUAGCGGUACCUUUACGAGAGCAAGGCUGGUUUCACGUGCGAGGCGACGUGCAGGACAUCCCGACCAGAUUGAGGAGAACCGAAUUUCGCGGCGAUCCCGUGACGAGGACGCAGAUGAUGCGCGUUCUCGCCGAUCUCAAGUACCUAAUGAUACGGACGCGAUAUCAUUCGGAGCAAAUCGAAGGAAGUCUCCAGUCUGCCGUAUUGACGGUGGGCGAAUUAUCGUCGGACGGCGAAACCGACAAUCUGGUCGAAAUGUGCGAAUGUCCCGAGGGAUACACUGGGAUGUCCUGCGAGGAAUGUGCCUGGGGAUACGUAAAGAUGCCUACGAAUGGUUCCAACCAUCAGGAUCAUCACGUAUGCGUCAAGUGCGACUGUAACGGUCACGCAGGUUCCUGCGAUCUCGUGCUGGGCGAAUGUGGGACGUGUGAACAUCAUACGAUAGGCCCGAAGUGCGAUCGUUGCGCUAUGGGAUAUUACGGUAUCGCGACGAGAGGCACCAGCGAGGAUUGCAAGAAAUGCGCGUGUCCGCUUUCCGUCGAGUCCAACAAUUUCAGUCCGAGUUGUCAGCUCGACAAUCCCGUUGAUAUGAAUAGCGGACACGUGUGCACGCAAUGUCCCGAGGGAUACACCGGAGACCGUUGCGAAGCCUGUGAUAUAGGAUUCUAUGGUAAUCCUCUGAUACCUGGCGGGGCUUGCGAACGGUGUCCUUGCAACGGUGGUGCCUGCGAGCAGGAGACAGGUCGCUGUUUGGAGUGCCACGGCAACACCGAGGGCUGGAAGUGUGAGAAAUGCAAGGAAGGGCACUACGGAAAUCCUCUGGAACAGAAUUGCAUACCAUGCGACUGCUCUCCCCUCGGUAGCAAUUCAUUUCAGUGCGAUGAGACGACCGGUCAGUGUCCCUGCGGGCCUUUGUUCACCGGUCGUGACUGUUCCUCCUGCAUCGAGGGCUACGGGAACGUGACCGUGGGUUGCCGGGAAUGCGACUGCGACGUGGGUGCCGUCGACGGGUUCUGCGAUCCCGUAAGCGGUGUGUGCAGGUGCGCGCCGAGCGUUGUCGGCUUCCGGUGCGAUCGCUGCGACGUGGACCACUACGGUCUGGCGGCAGACGGCUGCAAAGGAUGCGGCUGCAAUAAUGUGGGAUCCACGAGUUCUGCCUGCGACAUCGUGUCCGGACAGUGUCAGUGCAAACCUCAAGUUGUUGGCAGGCAGUGCAACGAAUGCAAGAUCGGUUAUUGGGGACUAUUGUCGGGGACAGGCUGCACGCCUUGCGGGUGCGAUUCUAUGGGAUCCUAUAACGCAUCCUGCAACAACAAUACAGGAGAAUGCUACUGCAAAUCGGGCGUGGGUGGCUCGCGCUGCGACAGUUGUUUAUCCGGAUACUAUGGAUUUUCUACGAACGGCUGUCAAUUGUGCGACCCGUGUGUGCGACCCGGUCACGUGUGCGACCCCGACACCGGUCGUUGCGUGUGUCCCCGCUUGACCUACGGCGAGCACUGCGACCGGUGCAGACCGGGCGCGUGGGACCUGGUGCCGCGCGUCGGCUGCAGACCGUGCGCCUGCACCCUGGGCGCCACGCGAUCCCAGUGCGACCAUCAGGGUCAGUGCCCCUGCCGGAUCGGUUACGACGGGCUCAGGUGCGAGAGAUGCGCCAGGGGUUACUACGGCUAUCCGAGGUGCCGUCCUUGCGGCUGCAGCUUGGCCGGCACGACGCACUGCCGGGACGGCGUCUGCGAGUGCGACGACAAGGGACAGUGUCCGUGCAAGGAACUGGUCGUCGGGCGGCAGUGCAAUCAAUGCAAGGAGGGCACGUUCGGUCUUGCGGCGCACAAUGUCAAGGGAUGCACCGAGUGCUUCUGCUUUGGAAGAAGCACUCUGUGUCAGCAGGCCGGACUCAGCUGGGGUCAACGCAGAUUGACUCGGCCUCGCGUUCUUUAUAUCAACGACACGGUCAGCGAUAUAAUAAUAACGAACUUUGGCUCCACGAUUGUAUUGCCAGCGGUGAACGGUGGAUUGAACGGGACAAACGGCCUCUCCGUAAUUCCUGGAUCCGAUGGCGACGUCACGUUGCCCACGACUCUUUAUUAUAGUUAUCCCUUAUACUGGAGACUACCGGACUCUUUUCUGGGAGACAAGGUCGUCUCUUACGGAGGAUUCUUACGCUUUAAAACCUCGACGGAAGGUGGGAUACCUCUGAGAUCGAAUCUUCGAUAUCCCGUGGUGCAGUUGCAAGGCAACAAUAAGAUAGUCUUGGAGUAUUAUCUGCAUCUACCAGUGAGCGAUAAUCGUUAUGAAAUCAGAUUCCACGAAUCGUUGUGGCAGCUGCAAAACAGGCCGGAUUACAAAGUCUCCAGGGAGGUUCUAAUGGUCGCGUUGCAAAAUCUGCAGUACAUCCUCGUAAAAGCCUCGGACAACGCCGAAUUUACGAAAACUACAUUGCUGGAAGCCUCUCUCGACGCCGCCGUCCUGAUGCCUACGCACACGCCACCGCUGGCGACCGGAGUGGAGAUCUGUCAGUGCCCGCCGGAAUACAACGGCACGUCCUGCCAGGAUCCCAGCAUCGGCUUUUACAGGUGGUACAAGAACACCACCGCCACGUCCACCAUCGUGAUCGAUCUUGUCGGACAAGCCAAGCGCUGCCAGUGCAACGGGAGAACCGAGGUGUGCGACAGGGAGACGGGAUAUUGCUUGAACUGCAGAGAAAACACGAUUGGUGCACAUUGCAACGUUUGCGCUGAUAGUUUCUACGGUCAUCCGGAGUUGGGAGGCUGCACGCCGUGCCCGUGCCCGCAAGUCGAUAAAAGGUUCUCGAGUACCUGCGUGGUUCACGCGGAUAAUGAACCCAUUUGUCAUUGCAAGCCAGGUUACAUCGGUAGAAAAUGCGAACGUUGCGCCUACGGCUAUUACGGCUCUCCCGGCCUUCCGGACGGCAAGUGCGUUCCGUGCAAUUGCAACUUGGCAGGAAGUUUGAGCGACGGCUGCGACGGCGAGACAGGGCGGUGCAAAUGCAGGCACGGCUCCACGGGCAGGGAUUGCUCCCAGUGCACGGCGUAUCGACACGUUUACAUAGACAACGUUUGCACAUCAUGCGAUGACAAUUGUACGGGAAUUUUACUCGAUACUGUCGCGAUGCUGUCCACGGACCUGGCCGAGGGAACGAGUCACAUAGCAGACGGAUACAUUCCACCCCCGUGGGAAGAACUGUCGCAUAUCGAUUCCAACGUGACAGCAUAUCUUGAGGAAUUGGAGUUGCGGACUCGUAUGCAGCAAAGAAUGAGAAAUGUGCCGUGGUAUGAAUACAAGAAGCUUGCGGAAGAUGUUGAAUUCAUGUUAAGAAAUAUGAACAAGCUCGCGAAACAUGCCGACACGUUGAAGACCAAGAGUGGCGAUUUGAAAAACAACGUUUUUACAGCGAAGAUCACGCUUGAUAAUUUGAGAAAAAACAUAGGAGAUACAACUGCGGAACUCAAUCAAUAUAGCAACGACAAUAGGAGAAUAGAAAUCAAGAAGGCCUUAAAAACUGCGAAGGCAAUCUUGAAUUAUCUAAAGUCCGUCGACAUAGCCAGGAGAACCGCAGAAGUGGAAAACUUCCUUGACGAUGUUACCGAAUAUGUGGCGUGGUUAAACUCACUUCAUGACGCGACUGAGCCUUUGGCGAUCGCCCAGGACGACGCUAAAGAUUACGAGAUAAAGUUGGACGAUAUGCGAACGGUCGUAGAAAACACCAUGGAAACGCUGUUCAGCUACGACAGUUUGUACAAUCGUAUCAACGGGACAUUCAUCGAGGCCAAGAACCAGUGCGCUCGUAUCGGGAUGCUGCGCGACGAAACGAACGAAACGAUCACCGAUGGAAAAAAACUUAUCGAAGAGGCACGCGGUUUACUCGUCGACGCGGAAAAUAACAUUCAAGAUCUUCCAGGUUCACGGGAGAAAUUAGCAUACUGGACGGAGAAGCUAAGCAUGAAGGAAGAACUUCUGUACCGGCUGAAUUACGAAUACGACGAGAAGUACGUGGUGCCAGCAGUGCAGCACGCGAAAAAUCUAUCCAGUUACGUCGAUCAGUAUGUCAGUUUGUUCGCCGAGACGCGAGAUAUUGCGGCCAGCCCUCUGAAGGCAAGCAAGGCCUACAAAAACAUAGUGGACGGUCUGCAAGCGGCGAGAGCCACCGCACUGGCAGCCAAUGAAAUUGUCGAGGAUGUACAUAAGAAGGUUUUCCCUCCUUUGGGACAGAAAUCGUUGCUGGAUAAUUCCAAGGAAGUAUUAGCCAAGUCUUCGCAACAGUGGGAAGUGGCGAAGCAGCACGGUAAACUAGUCAAAAACGCGAACGCCAAGUUGGAUGCUCAGAGACAAGCCGUGCUCGUGUUGAAAGAUACGUUGAACAGCACUGGGAUAAAGGACAACGAGAUAAAUGUGAAGCUACGAGAGUUGCAGAGUAAUAGUAAAAAAUUACAUGAGGGUCUACUGGAUAUCUCGGAGGAGAACGACGAAGUAGCAGACUCGAUAAAGAAUACGCAACGAUUGAUCGACGAUUACAAGCAAGGCAUCGCCAACAGGCUGAAGCCGAAAUUGCACGAAUUGAAGCGCGAGGGCGAUUCGAAGAUUGGCCUCGCCAGUGAAAAGCUGUCAGAAGCACUGAGCAACAUCAAGAGAGCCGAUGCAAAACUCAUAAGCCUGUCGAACGUCGCGACGAAGCGAAAAGCUGUUUUUGACAAGUGGAACGACACGUUAGCCACGAAACUGCAAAAUCUCAAAGACAAAAUUGCAGAGGCUCGAAAUACCGCCGAGGGGAUUCGCGUUUCUCUGCGAUCGGUGGAGGGUAAGGAAUGUAUCCGUUCGUACAGACCAGCGAUGCUGCAACCCUCGUCAACGACGUCGAUCGUGAUGACAUUCGCGCUUCCAACCACGCGCAAGGAGGGUUCCCUGUUUUACUUGCCCAGUGGAAUUAAUGACGAUUUUGUCGCUUUAGAGAUAUUUGACAGAAAAGUGCGAUUCCUGUGGAACGUCGGUGGUGGUACAGGCGUACUAAUACAUCCUGAGGUCCUCGAAAGCGGCGAUCUGCAGAACGACAGAUUUUGGUAUCGAAUCGAGGCUGAAAGAACGCAACACACGGGCAAGCUGAAUGUGCACAAGCAGUCUUCAACGUCCGGAAAGUAUCUCCCUGUCAUUAACUCGACUAACUCCGAGUAUGGUCGUUUCGACGUUCUGCCUACAGACCGUGUGUGGAUAGGAGGUAUCCCUAAGUCGCAGAGAAGACCGGCGGAACUGAUCGCCGGCAAUGGUCUUCCGGGUUGCGUUCAUCAAGUGAUCCUCGACGGUAGGCAAAUCGGCCUCUGGAAUUUCAUCACGACCGCACCGGACAUGGCUUGCAAAGCUUGCGUGGAAGGAGUGGAGGAUGCGAGAGACGAUGUAGCUUACAGUUUUAAUGGAGAGGGCUACGCUGUGAGAAACAGAGUCUCGUCUGGCCCAUAUAACAAAUAUAUGUUUGGAGUCUCGGUCAGUUUCCGAACGUACGACGAAAACGCGUUGCUGUUUCUGGCCAUUAACGAAGAUAAUCAACACAUCAUGAUAUUCCUGCGAGAAGGCAAAGUCAUUCUCCACGUCGGCUACGGCGGAAACGUUAGUAUGGAGAUGUCCUCGACCUACAAGUACAACACCGGCAACUGGACGAAGGUGGACGCGUUCCGUCAGUAUCAAGUGCGCAAGAACAUCGAGAAAUGCAGCCUCAGCAUCAGCGGCGACGACAAGCGAAUCGGUGCACCCACGCCGCAGCCCAAGAAGGAGGAUAUCCCGGAUCUGGCGCAAGCCAAGUACUACAUCGGCGGGCUGCCACCGAGCUUCCGCGCCGAAAAGCUGAUGUUACCCUCGCAGGUGUCGUUCCUCGGAUGCAUGGCCAACAUCAUAGUGCAAGAGGGUUACGAUCCGAUGGCCGAACAGUAUUACGGCGUGGAAUCCAGCUGCGGCGAUAAGCCGUUGAGAAUAGUCGGAUUUUAUGGGGAUGGCUAUCUCGAGCACUCGGCGUUUACUCUGAGGAAGAUCCAGUCUACAUUAAGCUUCUCCUUCAGAACCAUGCAAGAGGCAGCUAUGCUUCUUCUCUCCACGUUCGAGGGCCGCGAAAACAGAUUGAGCGCUAAGGAAUCAAGGAACAGCUAUUACUCCGUGUGCAUUUUCAACGGACAGGUGCAAGUUCUCUUAAAUGCUGGCCAGGGCGAGCUUGUUCUCCAAUCGAACAACACUUUCAACGACGGAAGAUAUCACACGGUCACCGUCAUUAAGAAAAGAAAGGAAGUGGAGCUGAGAAUCGACGACGCGUAUCAGACAUCGGGAAGGUUACGCAAGAGUAUUCCGAUCAAGGCUCCCGAAUCGAACGGGGGACUUUUCUUUGGUGGACUACCGGCGCUCAUCAAUAAUACCAAAAUGGUCACAAUUAACACGCCGCUAUACGGCGCUAUCAAGGAUGUGAUUAUCAAUGACGUAAAUCUUCAAUUCGACGAUGCGGUUAAUUUCGAUCACGCUCUAAUCGGUCGUCCCGGACCGAGCAUGGGAAAAGACACGCCGAAUUACGCGCCGUCGGCGUCAUUGUCCCGAGGGAUGUCCACGCAACCCGAGGGAUGCCAGAAAGUGCCUUACUACUCGCUGGAACCGGGUGCCUUGAAAUUUGGCGAUAAGCCGCACAGUCAUACGCAGCUCUAUCUCAACUUCAAGAAAUUCUGGGAGAAGAAAUAUGCGAUAGAAUUCGAUUUUAGGACGUACUAUCCCAACGGGCUGCUGUUCAUCACUCCGGGUCUUCGAUUGAAGCACUAUCUGAUGGUGCUUAUUCGGGACGGGCAGCUUCUUCUGGUAGUGAAAAGCAAGCUGCGGAAGGAAAUAUUAUUCAAGACGCCGUUUAAUGACGGCAAUUGGCAUCACGUCGUCAUCAGCCACGAGGAGAGGAAGCUCACCCUAUUAGUGGACACUCAGGCACCGCGCGUUCUGAAAAUCCCAAGGAGGAUCGGUCUCGCGUCUAUGAUGUACAUCGGUGGUCUGCCGGAAAGCGGAACGCCCAUCCCGGAACAAGUGGUCGUCAGAUUGGAGACACUGAAGGGAUGUAUCAGAGGCCUGAAGAUCAAUGGAAACGUCUACGACAUGGUGGGCUCCACCAGCAGGGCCUUCAACGUCGGUCAGUGCUUCCCGAGCGUCGAGAGCGGAGCGUAUUUCCAGGGCGAGGCUUACGCCAUUUAUCGAAACAAUUUCGAGGUGGACAGCGUGCUCGAGCUUCAAUUGGAAUUCAGAACGUCGGAAGUGUCCGGCGUGUUGCUGUCGAUUACCGCACCCAGUGGCUCGCCCUCUCUGUCACUGGAGCUCAACGGCGGCAAGGUGAUCAUGUCGGGCGACCUGGGCGACAAUAAUCCGCUAUACGUGGAGCAGGUAUUCGCCAGUCACUACGCGAUCUGCGACAAUCGAUGGCACAGGAUCCAGGCCGUGUACAACGACGAGGAGCUGGCGCUCAAGGUGGACGAGCUGGACCAAAGAUACGGUCUGCCCACGAACGCCAAUCAUCACUUCAACAGCUCAAUCUUCUCCGGCCCGUUGUACAUAGGCGGUAUACCAGCGACCGCUCAGAAAGGCUCGCUGUUGACGCGGGACCACUUCAACGGGUGCAUCAGGAAUGUGAUGAUAGGGGGGGAAAGGCGGGAUUGGACGGACAUGGCCGAGCUGCACAACAUCCACCUGAGCUCCUGCCCGGUUCAAUGAUAGCGGGGCAUGAAGAGGAAAUUACAAUAUUACCUCGGCGCUCGGCGCUCUUUAGUUCCAAAGACUGCUCGGAGGAGUCGCGUUGGGUUCAACAAUCGCACCGGGAUUAACGUGCCAUAUAUUCGCAAGCGACGAGCUCUUUAAGACUUAACAAAAAGCCAAAAGAUGCUAAACUGUAGACCGUUAAGCUAAUCGUCGUAAUGUGAAGGUAGGAAACGAAACGAAAGGGAGAAGAGACCGUGUACGCGUCUCGCUCGUGACAGACAGGAACGAUGGCACGAAUAAUUUUGUCGUGACGCACGCGGGUACGCGUAUACCGCGUGCGGACGGUGACACUUUACGCGAGACCACUGCCAUAUAUAGUUUAAUUACUCGCCGUAAGCUGCAAACAAUUUGUACAUCAGUAUUUAAAAGCCAUUAUUUAUUAUCGUUAACGUGUAGAUCCGAUCGCGAGGAUUGUCGCGAUCGGCCGCGUCGACGAGCUAGCGAAUAGAGAAUAACGCGAUUACUUGUUUUGUACUUUUAUAGUUAGGGCUUCUACUGGAGCCCGCGACACGUAUGUACAUUGUAGAUCUUUUUUUUUUAUUCGAAAGAUUUCACGAGAAAUGCAAGUGCCCUGUAAAAAAAAAAAAGUAGUCCUUCAAUCACGCACACGGAGAGAUGAUGUUCGAAGAAUAUUUUAUAUCUAAUCUUCACUCUCUCUCUUUCUCUCUCUCUCUCUCUCUCUCAUACAUAACACACGCACACGACUUUUGUUGAAUUGUAAUAUAUUACAUAUACACAAGGAGAAAAAUUAACAAACGACGAAAAUCCGCUGUUGUGUAUAAAAUAUAUAAUAUAACAAGAGAAAAAAGCGCA